GUUCGGAAACUAUAUUCUUGUGAAAAUAUAGACGAAGUAAUAAAGCAUUUUUUAUUAGUUUAUGUUUUUCAAGGGUUAUUUUUUCGCCGCAAUUUUGACAUCAGCUGUUCAGUAGUUUGUUUGUUGCCAUUAAUUUUCGCCAUGUUUUGGUAAUUUCUGCUGAUAGCAUUUUUCUUUAUUAAACACCUCCCCUUAAAUUUUAUAACUAAGCACUAAUGACGAACCAAAUUAAAGGCACUUGUGAAUUAUUUUGUCCAGAUGCGGAGGCCAAACUACGUAUAAAAGAAAGACUACUACAUUAUUAUGAACUGAAAAAUGGCGAAAAGAAUGUGCCAGGGCAGUUAGUGAAGGCAUUUGCCCGUUCAGCUGCAGGAGUUAAAGCACCCCGAGCAAAGGAUUUACGUACCGAGAUAUGUUUACAAAGGACUGUGGAAUACUUAUUAAAAGAUAUAAUUUUAGACAAGCGGAGAUCGUACAAUUUCAUUUAUGAUUUUAUAUUUGAUCGAUUACGCGCAGUUCGUCAGGAAGUAGUCAUGCAACAGUAUAAUGAGCGGCAAACUUUAAAGUUACUAGAACCAAUGAUAAUUUUUUUGGGUUACAGUCGUUAUAGACUUUGUGAAGAGCAAAUAGAUAAUUUCGAUGCGAAAAUUUGCAAUCAACAUUUGCAAGAAUGUCUGAAACGUGUUCUCUGUUGCUACGAUGAUAUUGAUGUAAACAGUCUGAAUUUAAGUGAGUUAAAUAGACGCAGCUUUGUUGAAGCAAUUUACCUUCUCUUCAAUUUGGGAACGACAGAAGCGCUUAAUCGUGCACUAAGUUUGCCAACGGAAGUAAGCAAGAACGAAACAUUCGAUUUAGCAUAUCGAAUAGCUAUAAACUACUAUCAAGGAAAUUUCUACCGCGCGCUAGUGGGUAUACAAAAACUGCCACAUAUUUUAAGUGCAAUAGCUGCUUUGAAAUUGCAGACAUUAAGACGAAAGGUGUAUAUGGUAUUCGCACAUGCAUAUACAAGUAAGCAAUUAUUUGUGCCGGCUACCUUUUUAUGCAAGUUGUUUUUAUAUGAAGACGUCAGGAAUUUAUUGGAAGACUGCAAAUAUUAUCAUAUAAAAUUAAGCGAAGACAAGUCAAGUUUACAGUUCCAGAAAUCGGAAUUUAAUAUAAAUGCAGUUACUUUGAAGGAGACACACGAAAGUUUUGUUGAGAAGAAGCUUACAAAAAUUUAUCUACCAGAAGUUCUACUCUUAAAACGUGUAUAACAUACGUAAAUAAAUUUACGAAUGUGGUUUAUAUGUGGAGAUGUUUAGAUUGUAUUAAGAAAUAAAUGAAAAUUAUGAUAAAUUCAUAUACAAGUACAUAUAAAAGAGUCCAGUGAGUGUUUUAUGUUUCUUUCUAUACUAUUUGCAGAAGAAACCCUUAUUUACCGCGAAAAUAUACAGAUUUUUAAUUUUUCACAAAUUAGCUUUUAAUACUUGUUCUUGAUAAAUGUGGAAAUUGUUUGCUUAAACUAUAUUACAUAUGCAAUGUAUGUACGUGUAAAGUUUAGAUGUGGACAAAAAUAUUAAAAUUUCUUUUAUUUUUAAUUACAUACUUAACAAUUAGCAUUUGCAUAGUGUUUUUUU